AAACACAGACGUUUCCGAUAAAUAGAUUUAUAGGUUUUAUCGUCGGAAUAUCAUAAAGUUAAACAUGAACGUUACACGAACUGGGAAAAAGAGUAAAUCUCAACACAUACAAGUAUUUGUUCGUAUUAGACCAAUAAGUAGUCUUGAACAAACUAAUAAAUCUACAACUAUAGUAGAAGUACCCAAUGAUAAGGAGAUAAUAAUACAUGAACGUCCGAAAGAAAAGUAUUCAAAGAAAUUCAAAUUUGACAAUGUAUUCGGACCUUCUUCAAAGCAGGUGGAUGUGUAUAAGGCUGUUGUUAGCCCAUUAUUGGAACAAGUUUUGGCUGGCUAUAAUUGUACGGUAUUCGCAUAUGGGCAAACCGGUACAGGAAAAACUUUCACAAUGGAAGGAAUAAAUACAAAUCCUACUUUGCAUUGGAAAAGCGAUUCGACUGCUGGUAUGAUUCCACGUUCGUUGAGUCAUAUAUUCGACGAGUUACAAUUACUACAAGCGCCGGAACAUACAAUCAGAGUUAGCUUUUUAGAACUUUAUAACGAAGAAUUAUUUGAUCUUCUGUCAGCCAAUGACGAUGGAUCUAAAAUAAGAUUAUAUGAAGAUACAUCGAGAAAAGGUGCAGUAAUUAUUCACGGAUUGGAAGAAGUGACAAUAAAUAGUAAAAGCGAAGUUCAUAAAUUUCUCGAAAUGGGAUUACUGAGGAGGCAAACUGCUGCAACAUUGAUGAAUGCUAACUCUAGCCGAUCUCAUACAGUAUUUUCCAUUACUGUACACAUGAAAGAGAAUACCAUUGACGGGGAAGAGGUUUUAAAAACGGGAAAACUAAAUUUGGUGGAUCUUGCAGGCAGUGAGAAUAUUGGAAGGUCUGGUUCCAUUGAUAAGAGAGCAAGGGAAGCUGGUUGCGUUAAUCAAUCUUUAUUAACUCUUGGAAGAGUCAUAACAGCUCUUGUUGAAGGUGCACCUCAUGUACCUUAUAGAGAGUCCAAACUCACCAGAUUAUUACAAGAGUCAUUGGGUGGUCGCACAAAAACAUCGAUUAUUGCAACCGUAUCCCCCGCUAGUAUCAAUCUCGAAGAAACUCUGUCGACGUUAGAUUAUGCACACCGCGCAAAAAAUAUUACAAAUCGUCCUGAAGUAAAUCAAAAGCUUUCAAAGAAAGAAUUUAUCAAUCAAUAUACAGCAGAAAUCGAAAGAUUACGACGAGAUUUAUUAGCGACGCGCGAUAAAACCGGCAUUUAUGUUCCGAACGAAAAUUACAAUGAAAUGCAGACGUUACUUUCCCAGCAGACCAAAGAGAUAGAAGAGAAAAAUAAUCAAAUAAAAGCACUGGAAAAAGUGAUGGAAGACAAGGAGAAAAUAUAUAACGACCUUAAGGUAGAAAUUCUUACUCGAAUGGAAGAGUUGCACGAAGUAAAAGUAAAGUUGGACGGUACUACAAAUGCUCUGGAAUCCACGCAUCAGCAGUUAAAAGUAGUCGCACAAGAACGGGACGAAAACAAAUAUUUACUAGAGAAACAUGUUAGUACAGAACAAGCUUUACUGUCUCAAGGUCAAUCUCUGUUGAAUGUUGCAGAUACAGCAACUGCAGAUUCUCAGAAAUUGCACGAUAAAAUUGAACGCAAAACCAAGGCAGAAGAGACGUUUGAAAUUCUUGGCGAACAGUUCAGAAACAAUAUUUGCGAAUCCAUGCAAAACGCUGAAAGAGAUAUUUGUGAAUACGGGGAAAACGUAGAACAGUUUUGUACAUACAUGAAAACUGGUAUAGGCACGGAAACUGUUACGAGAUACAAAAAUAUUAAUACAGGGGCACAGCAAUGUUCAACAAAUCUUACCGAUCGAUAUUCAACAAUGACCAAUAAUUUAGUAACAAAUAUAAAUGAGCUCUCCUCGAAUGAUCAGAAUUGGAUAAAAUGCGAAAUGAAAGGUACAGUUGAUGCGGUAGAACAUGAGAAUGACUUCUUAAAUUCCGUAGUCGUGAAAUCCACGCAAGAUCUGAACGGCAUAAUUGAAAACGAAAUCGCUGAGAAGUUGCAGCUUUUAAAAAAUAACUUAUUGUCAAAAAUAAACGAAAUCUCGACCAAGUUAAAUGAAAUGAUAGAUGCUGUGUGUCAGCGUGAAUUGGAAGCUUGCGGGCGUAUAACUAAAAGUAUAAAGGACAUUGAAAGAAACGCGGAAGAUGUUUGUAGAAUGCAAGAAUUGACAGAAACGCAGCGUUCGUUUGCAAAGAUGAUGGAAGACGUAUCGACCCAGUUCAAUCUUCUAAAUAAAAGCCAAGAAGAAUAUCGCGCCCUUGUAGGUGGUAAAUGUGACUAUAUCGGCGAAAUUUGCAACAAAGUUUACGAACGUACAACGAACACUUGCAAUACCAGCGUGAAAAUGAGAAACAGUUUCAGAGAAGAGAUACAAGAUUAUUUGGAUGAGAUUAGAACUGAUGCUGUUAUCGAAGCAGAAAAGAACGAGGAAUUAGCGAACAGUACUAAAGAGCAAGGAAAGAGUCUGGUAAAUGAAUUGAAAUCAAACAUAAAUACAAGCUGUAAUGUACUGAAGCACUAUAAGAACCUUAUUGAACACAAUACUGAGGAAAUACAACAAAAAAUAAACGAAGAUAAAAACGAAGCACUUUUCUUAUUAGAGAAUGCAAAUAAAAUAGUUUUAGAUGCGAAUAAAAAUCAUGUAGGCGAUCUGCAAUACGAUGAAGUUAAAGCUUCUAAUACUUCCGAAGAUAUAUCUUGUAAAUUGGACAAUUUAAUUGCAGAAUCAACUACAUGUUGUAAUAGAAAUAUCGAACAAUUGCGUACAGCAACGGAUGAAAUUAAUAAGUUCUUUGACGUCGAGAUACAGCAUGAUGUUCCAACAGGAACAACGCCCGCCAAGAAAGAAUUUUCUUAUCCUCGUCAAUUUACGGUAACAUCACCGCACGAACGAAUUCUUCAGAGAUUUAGGGAAGCCAGGAAAUUCGAUGAAACAUUCGAAAGCGAUAGUGACACAUACAUGGACGCUGACAUGACAAUGAAAGAUCUUGCUAAUUCGACUAGUAUAUUCGAUGUUACUUCGCUCGAUAAUACAAUAUGCGCUGCAUCUGCUUCGAACGGUGACGAAUCGUCACAUCUGAAUUUGUACAAUCCUCUCGAUUCUCCUGAUGAAACUAUCACAUCGACGUUCAAUAAUUCUUCGAUAUUUUGCCAAUCUCGCGUUUCAUCCGUAUCUAGAAGUUCGCACAGAGAACGAAAGUGAGGAGAAUAAUAAAUUCCUACGAUUUACUGCAAUAUAAGGUGUCUUCGAUGCCAGGAUGCCGAGCUUUACAGCAUUAUUUACUUCGAUCAAAGUAAAUAUCGUCAAUCCUCGUAAUUCUAAACUGUGUUUACAUUACAGGAACGAAGAAUUUAUCGAUUAAUAUCUU